AUGUUCUUGUUUAACUCUCCUUGUUCAUCAACAAUUACAACAGGAUCAUCAAUUCUUUUUUCUGAUUCUAAUUCUAUUCCUACUGAACCUUCUCAAUCAUCAUUUUUUCUGUUAACAUUUUCUUCAACUAACGGUGUCAGUUCAUCAUCAUAUACAAAACAGCAUACAUCCGAAUGGAUCGAAUUUCUUUUGAAACAACAACUAUCGGUACAUGUUGUUAUUAAAAAUAAAAAAGGAAACACGUCUUUAUUUUGGAAAUUUUUUGGUUGUUAA